AAUACAGAGGUUUCUGUUCUAUUUUCAUUUCCAUUUAUAUUCCUCCAAACGACUUAUACAAACCCAGUUGAUAUUAUUCUGAUUUAAUGUUUUUUCCUAGAGCUUUUUGUGCUCUGAUCAUUCUACUUUUCACGCUUCUAUCCUCUACCGAUGCAGUUCGAUCAUUUCCCAAUGAAGCGCACAUUGAGUUGGGCAUGUCUUUGCAGUUCUCAGAGGCACCGGAGUACAAAAACGAACCCAAAUGCGCCGUCGUUCUGGCCGGAAAGUGUAAGCCAUUUGCAUGCGACCCUUCGCUUGUUCACAUCGCCAUGACUAUUGAUUUGGAGUACUUAAGGGGCUCUGUUGCGGCUGUUCAUUCUGUUCUCAGGCACGCUUCUUGCCCGGAAAAUAUAUUCUUUCACUUCAUUGCCUCCGAUUCCGGCGUGGUCACUUUGCCUGAACUUACCCGGAUUGUCCGGUCAACGUUCCCUUCUCUGAAUUUCAAAGUUUACAAUUUCAAGGAAAGUAUAGUCAACAAUCUAAUAUCGUCGUCGAUUCGUCAGGCCCUUGAUAUCCCAUUGAACUAUGCAAGAAGCUACUUGGCAGAUAUACUUGAGCCCUGCGUUGAGCGUGUAAUCUACCUAGACUCCGAUAUCAUUGUUGUUGAUGACAUUCAGAAGCUCUGGGGUGUUUCUCUAACUGGGUCAAGAACAAUUGGAGCUCCGGAAUAUUGUCAUGCGAAUUUCAUCAACUACUUCUCCGACGAAUUUUGGUCGGACCCUGAGUUUUCCGAGGUUUUUGCAGGGAAAAGGCCUUGUUAUUUCAACACGGGUGUGAUGGUGAUGGAUUUGGUGAGGUGGAGAGAGGGUGAUUACACGAGGAAGAUCGAGAAAUGGAUGGAAAUUCAGAAAGAGAGGAGGAUUUAUGAGCUGGGUUCUCUUCCGCCGUUUUUGUUGGUUUUUGGUGGAGAUGUUGAGGCCAUUGAUCAUAGAUGGAACCAGCAUGGGCUUGGUGGGGAUAAUGUGGUGAGUAAUUGCAGGUCUUUGCAUCCAGGUCCUGUGAGUUUGCUUCACUGGAGCGGCAAGGGGAAGCCAUGGGCAAGGCUUGAUGGGAGGACGCCAUGCCCAGUUGAUUAUCUAUGGGCUCCUUACGAUCUCUACAAAAUCCACCACCAUUUCCGAAAACAAAAAAAGCAGUAACCGGACAUAUAUAAAUAUAUAUAUUCUUUUGAUUCGUCCUACAAUCGAGAAAAUUCAUUUGUGUAUAAAGAAGAGAUUCAUCAUAUUCGGAUGAAAUUAUGUA